ACAAAAGAAAUUGUUAUAAUAAGCAUCACUCGUGAUUUUUUAUACAUCCCAAAACACAUCGCGCCUCUCUUUGCACCUUGAUAAUUAUUUUUUCCAUAAACGGCUAAAUUCUCUUUGUGCUUUUUAGCCUCUGUUUGCACUUUCCUUCUCUCUCUACUUACUAGACUCCAUGGCCAUGUCUACUUUGAGGUUUCGAAAACCUGACGAGAUAGCCAUAUGCGAUGAAGAAGACUGGUCAGUCUCCAAGACCCACAAGCGGAGAUGGCGGUUGGCUUUCACUGUCAUAUACAUCACCAGAGUUCUUGCUUCUUUGAACAAAAAAGCAUUUGACAAAGAUGGCCCUCUCUUGCGCACCCUCUCUUACGUUGCCAUUGACAUGCAUUGUAAAUCCAUUUCUUCGUUGCUCACUGUCGAUACAAAAAAGCUUAGUGACACUGUAAGGGACAAAAACUUUGAGUCUUUGACUCAGUUUGGUGGGGUUAGAGAAGUUGCUUUAAUUCUUGAAACUAAUGUAAAAAGUGGUAUCCAUGGUGAUAAGGCUGAUCUUAUUCAUAGACAGAAUGUUUUUGGUGCCAAUAAAUACCAAAAACCACCAGCAAAAAAGUUUCUCAGAUUUGUGUAUGAGGCACUGAAAGAUACAACUAUUUUAAUACUUUUGGCAUGUGCUGUGCUGUCUCUUGCCUUUGGUAUCAAGCAACAUGGCUGGAAAGAUGGUUGGUAUGAUGGCGGGAGUAUCAUUGUUGCUGUGGUUUUGGUCGUUUCUGUUUCAGCAGUGAGUGACUUCAAGCAAUCUAGGCAAUUUCAGAAGCUCUCAACAAAGAGCAGUGAUGUAAAAGUGGAAGUUGUGAGAGAUGGGAGGCGCCAACCUAUAUCGAUAUUUGAUGUUGUUGUAGGCGAUAUUGUGUGCUUAAAGAUUGGUGAUCAGAUUCCCGCGGACGGGUUGUUCUUGGAAGGGCAUUCCUUGAAGCUGGAUGAGUCUAGCAUGACUGGUGAAAGUGAUCACAUUCAGAUUGAUGAAGGGAAUCCCUUUAUGUUAUCAGGCACAAAGGUCACAGAUGGCUUUGGUUUCAUGCUUGUUACUUCUGUGGGCAUGAACACUCUGUGGGGCCAGAUGAUGAGUUCAAUAAACCGUGACUCAAAUGAAGAGACGCCACUGCAAGCACGCCUCAACAAGUUAGCUUCUUAUAUUGGGAAAGUUGGGCUGGUGGUGGCUGCACUUGUUCUUGUUGUUAUGCUCAUUCGGUAUUUCACAGGAAACACCAGAGAUGACAAGGGAAACAAGGAAUUCAAUGGCAGUAAGACCAAGUUUGAUGAUGUGAUGAAUGCUGUGGUGAGCAUUGUGUCAGCGGCUGUCACUAUUAUUGUAGUGGCUAUUCCGGAAGGUUUGCCUCUGGCUGUUACUCUAACUCUAGCUUAUUCUAUGAAGUGCAUGAUGGCUGAUCAUGCUAUGGUCAGAAAACUAUCUUCUUGUGAGACAAUGGGCUCGGCCACAACAAUUUGCACAGACAAAACGGGCACCCUUACACUAAACGAAAUGAAAGUUACAAAAUUUUGGCUCGGAAAGGAGGCCGUAGAAGAUGACAAUUAUCCGAAUUUGACAGGUAAUAUACUCAAACUACUACAACAAGCAGUUGGCUUAAACACAACUGGAACAAUUUACAAACCAAAUUCUACAUUAGUUCUAGAGAUUUCAGGUAGCCCAACUGAGAAAGCAAUUCUUUCUUGGGCUGUAUUUAAUUUGGGUAUGAGUAUUGAAGAAGUAAAGCAAGAUUAUCACAUAAUCCAUGUAGAGGCAUUCAAUUCGGCGAAAAAGAGAAGUGGGGUUUUAGUGAAGAGAAACAAUGAAAAGACCAUUCAUACUCAUUGGAAGGGAGCUGCCGAAAUGAUAUUGGCUACGUGUUCAACUUAUUAUGAUAGAGCAGGGGUGCUAAAUGUAAUGGAUGAGGAAGAAAGGUUGCAAUUUGGGACUAUAAUUAAGAAUAUGGCACAAAAUAGUCUACGGUGCAUUGCCUUUGCCCACAAAGAAGUCGCAGAAGAAAGUGGACAAGUUCUUGAGAAGCUUGAAGAAAAUGGACUGACAUUAUUAGGCUUAGUUGGCUUGAAGGAUCCAUGUCGACCAGGAGUCAGUACUGCUGUGGAGUCUUGUAGAGCUGCUGGGGUGAAUAUCAAAAUGAUAACUGGUGACAAUGUGCACACAGCAAAGGCUAUAGCUUUUGAAUGCAAGAUUCUCAAUCCUGAUGAAGAUUUGGAUGAUGAUGCUGUAAUUGAAGGGGUACAAUUCAGGAAUUACUCACUUGAAGAGAGAAUGGAAAAGGUCGAUAAAAUCCAUGUAAUGGCGAGGUCAUCCCCUUUUGACAAGCUUCUGAUGGUUCAAUGCUUGAAGCAGAAAGGUUAUGUUGUUGCAGUCACAGGUGAUGGAACCAAUGAUGCACCUGCUCUAAAGGAAGCAGACAUUGGACUUUCAAUGGGAAUUCAGGGAACUGAAGUGGCAAAAGAAAGUUCAGAUAUAAUCAUCUUGGAUGAUAAUUUUACUUCUGUAGUGACAGUAUUAAGGUGGGGAAGGGCUGUAUAUACCAACAUUCAAAAGUUUCUUCAAUUUCAGCUCACAGUGAACGUUGCUGCCCUUGUCAUCAACCUUGUUGCAGCUGUUUCUUCUGGUAAGGUCCCACUAGCUGCAGUUCAACUAUUAUGGGUGAAUCUAAUAAUGGACACAUUGGGAGCUUUAGCAUUAGCAACAGAGAAACCCACUAAUGAUCUUAUGUCAAAGCCACCAGUUGGUCGAUCAGAGCCACUUAUAACCAAAAUUAUGUGGAGGAAUCUCAUGGCUCAAGCCAUGUAUCAGGUAACCACCUUAUUGGUUUUACAAUUUAGGGGAAAAUUCAUAUUUGGUGUAAAUGAAAAUGUUAAGAACACCCUUAUUUUCAAUACUUUUGUCCUUUGCCAAGUUUUCAAUGAAUUUAAUGCAAGAAAAUUGGAAAAGAAGAAUAUAUUCAAAGGGAUACUUAAAAAUAAGCUGUUUUUAGCCAUUAUUGGGAUCACCAUAGUUCUUCAACUGGUGACGGUGGAGUUUCUGAAGAAGUUUGCCAAUACUGAGAGACUUAAUUGGAGCCAAUGGGGUGCUUGCAUUGGGCUUGCAGCUUUGUCAUGGCCAAUUGGUUGUCUUGUAAAGUGCAUCCCAGUUUCAGGCAAGGAGUAGGCAAACAAAAGUGCUCUCCAUCCUGAAAGGCUAGCCAUCACCCCUCACCAAGACAAUCUUCAUAUUUUCCUUUCUUUGGUGUUUGUGCCAUGAAAGUAUUAUGCACUUUUUUCCAUUUUGAUAAGUAAUGAAAAAUUGUAUUAGAAAUUUAAAAUACAAUCAAGUCAAAAUACAAUUAUAUACCUUAAAGAUGUGUAUGGUGCUUUGCUAUUGUUUUCAUUUCAGUAGUCAUGGUCUCAAACUUGAGAUAAAGUCAUUGUUAUUAAAAAGUAAGCUGCUGCUUUCAAUGAAGUUUAUUAGUUAUCAAUUUUUUUUUU